UUGGAAUUUCAGGAAAUCGACGCCGAUCGAGCAAGUCAUGCCGAUGGGCUGCAACGAAAACCGUCUAAGCCUUCGCCUCCAAGCAGUGGCGCCAACAAAACCCCAAAAGGAGAAUGGGAUCGCGAAUGGGAUCAUGGAAAGACACCAGCCGAAACAUGGCGUGAAAAUGUGCCGUCUAUAGAGACCCGUAAGAGACCGUCUGGUCGUGGUGCUCACCAAUGGGCGUCAAACCAACGUGGCCAUCGAGGUGGCCACAAGACUCGUGGACGGUCAGAAGAGCCGGUGUCUCAGGUGAAUAGAGGAAGUCGAUUGGAAGGGAGAGUAACGGUCCAUCCAGAACAGAACUCUGGCAGCCGACGAGGUCGAGGUCGAGGCGGCACACGCAAUCCUGCCCGCCAUGUCACCAAAACCGAUGGGGAUCUGAAGAUCAGCGUCAAAGCAGGAGAUGAUAACUCCAAUCAUCCCAAGCACCAAAGAAAUACGCGACAAAGUGCGAAAACUUCUUCAAACAAUAAGGAUGACCCGUCAGCGGGUCAGAAUUCUCCUCCGACGAAAAAUAGGCCAAGGAGACGCUACACGGAGAAGUACGAGAUCAAGCAAUUGCUACGGGCACUCGUGAAUAAAGUGGAAAAAGCGGAACGCAAAGAAAGGCAACAGAAGCAACGACAGCUGAAGGAGAACAACGUCGUCGACGACUCGAAGACUUCUCCAACAGACGCUAAAGCAAACGCCGAGAACACUCCUCCGACGGUGGCUUCUGGAGCUGUUGAAGGAAAAAAGUCCAUUGAAGAAAAGAACAAGGAUGCCAAGAACUCGGCCGAAGAAGCGACCGUCAAAGCCGAGUCGGCGCCGACAGCGACGAAUCCAACCGCAACAGAGGCUAAAGAAACCAAAGAGCCGGCGCUGAUCAAAGAUAGCGAAAAUCAGAAUCGCUUUGCUUAUGGAGCACAGCAACACGGGUUACAUCAAACGGAUCGACCGAGUAGAUGA